AUGAAUGCUAUUCACAUACCUCUUCGUACCCAGCGCAGAUUUCUCCGAUCUUGUGCAGUACUCUUGUCUUUCCUUGCAAUAAUAUUACUACUAUAUACUACGAGCAUUAUACGUGCAAGCAAUGAAUCUUCUGUUACCCUCUUCUCCCCACACACAACCUCAUGCGCACAGAGAAUCUCCCCUGGCCUUCCUAAAGACUACACCAAUGCCCCAGAGCAACCACCUCUUUGCACAAACCUAUUUGGAACUCCAUAUUUGGAGAGCCUGCGCGACCACGCAACAGAGUACUGCACGCCUGACUCCCCCGCUAGCCUGACAUGCUACCACACCCAGAUCAAGCCCGGCGACCGAAUCGACACUUUUUGCAUCGCCCGCGGCGCUGUCUUCGACCCAUCUCAAGCCAAGUACAUCUUACCCUGCACCCUCAGAGACCUUCCCCGUGCCAGCGGCAUCCCCAGUCUCCGGGAAUUCCACUUAUACUGGUACGGCACUGGAGCCGGGAUCAUCAUCCACAAUAGCAUCCGCAUCGUGCCUCCACACAAGAACACCCUCAAUAUCAACACUACCAUCCCACCCGACAAACAGAACUACACCAUCCUGACCAAGCGCGAAGGUGGCCAGAACUUCUGGCACUCCCUCAUGGAAAUCUUCUCCAUGACUCUCUCCCUCGACGUGCUGCAAAUGACUCCCACCCCAGACACAAACACCAGCACACCACUCUUCGCCCCCUCCUCUAUCCCCAAUACCGACGUCACCCUAGUCGACACCGCCGACGCAGGCCCCUUCAUCGACCUCUGGUCUCUCUUCGCUCAUAAACCUGUCCGCCGUCUUCCCCAGCCGUCCACCACCACCACAAUCGAUGAAACCACACCCCUCACACUAACAAACCUCAUCAUCCCCCUCCCGGGAGCCAGCAACCCCCUCUGGCACGGCGACUGGUCCGUCCUCCCAUGCACCUCCUCCCCCUUGCUACGCACCUUCAUCACCCGCAUCCUAUCUUUCUACGAUCUCCUCCCAGUCCCCGAAGCAGAUCCCAACACGAUCACAAUCACAUUCAUCAACCGCACCUCUACCCGCCGUCUAGUGGAUGCUGAAUCCCUUCUCUGGGCCCUUUCGACAUCCCUACACCCUGACCCCAAGAUAAAAAUUCACAUUCAAUCCAUCGACUUCGCCUCCCUCCCGCUCCUCGAACAGCUCCGCGUCAUCAGGUCCACGGAUAUACUAGUCGGCGUGCACGGGGCGGGUCUAACGCAUGCGAUGUUUCUAACCCCGGGCAUGUCAGCUGUGGUGGAGGUUCUUCCCGAGGGGUUGGAACAUAAGGGGUUUAGGAAUCUGGCGGGGUUGGUGGGGGUGGGGUAUUUUAGUUUGCAUGGGGAUGGGGAUGAUGAUAAGGGUGGUAGUAGUGCUGAUGGGGGGAGAGGUAGGAGAAUGGGGAGGAGAAGGAGUGAGGUGGGAGGAGAAGAAGAGGAAGAUUGGCAUGAGAGGGAUGUGCGGGUCGAGGGGGAUAGGUUUGUGAGGGCUGUUAUGGCAGCGGUGGAGAGUUUGAGUAAUUCGGGGGUGAGGAGUUGGGAUGUUGAUGGGGUUGGGGGGUUAUUAUGA